AUGGUGUGCUGCGUCGUUGUUGCCAAACGCAACACGGCAUUCCCGAGAGGCGGAUAUCUUUUGUUCCGAAGUGAUACUUGUUUCAAAUCAACACGGUUCAAGAAAAUCAGAAGUGAACACAACACGAGAAGUAAUCAAACUCGGGUUAUACCUGCACAGAUUUUCCGCGUUCCCUCUAGUGGAGAGUCGGGAACAGAUCUUGUGGAAACGAGUUCUCGCUGGAUCUUCUCCACCUCGGCAAGCCUUCUCUAA